CGUCGUCGUCGUCGUCGUCGUCAUCAUCGUCGCCGUCGUCGCGCCGUCGCUGUCGUACCGUCGUGCCGUCGCGUUCAGCCACAGAAGCGGCGAACAGGCCGCGCUGCUGGUCCCUGUUAUGCACGCAAGGCAAGCGCCCAGCGAAGUGUUCAUAAUUGCACCGCCGCGUUCGUUAGUGCCCGCGGAGGAGGAAAGGGAAAGGACGACGACGCGGAGGAGGUGGCGGCAUAGGCGUAAGAGAACACUUGACACAGCGGAGGCGGGAGAGAGAUAGAGAGAAAUGAGAAAGAGAGACGGCGGGAUGGAUUGAGCGCGGCGACGAGCGAGUGUGUGAGAGAGAGAGAGAGUGAGUAGGGUAAAAGCGUGGGCGCGAUUUUCUAUAUAAGCGCGUUCCACCACGAGAAGUGGUACCUGUCCGUCCCGCGACGGUCGAGCAGAAGGACAGAGCGGCGCCGAGUUCCCGUCCGCCUCUGUCCGCCUCUGCCCAGGGUCUCAGGUUUCGGUCCGGUUCGUCGGUCCCGUCGUCCCGUAGGAUGUUCACGAUGUUCUCGGGCAAGAUGAAGAUCGAGAUCUGUGAAGCGAGAAAGCUACGCGCGACCGACAAGCAGCGGAAGUUCUGGAAGGAGAAGGAGGAGCCCACGCUGGACCCGUACGUGCAGCUGGACGUCGACGAGCUGCACCUGGCCCGCACGACCACCAAGCUGAAGACCUCGGACCCGGUGUGGAACGAGAGCUUCAUCCACGAGGUGCAGCAGGCGGUCUUCCUGGGUCUCACCAUCUUCCACGACGCGGUACUGCCGCCGGAUUAUUUCAUUGCCAAUUGCAACAUCCCGUUCACGGAACUUGUCAAAAAUCUAUACGAGGGGAUCAACGAUUUCUGGGUUGAACUAGAACCUCAGGGAAAGUUGCGACUAAAAAUAGCCAUGUGGAAUUCGCCAAUUCGUCAACCAAGUUUCUACGGGGAGUACAGCGGUGGGGAACACAGUCGUGCUAAAGGCAAGAAGGACCGGCAUGAAUUUAAGGAGAAGAAGCAAGCCUUGAAUCGCCGGAGAGCGAUGCGACGUAGGAUUCACCAAGUGAACGGGCACAAAUUCAUGGCUACCUUUCUGAGACAGCCGACGUUUUGUUCGCACUGUCGCGAUUUUAUUUGGGGCUUUGGCAAGCAGGGCUAUCAGUGUCAAGUAUGCACUUGCGUAGUUCACAAGAGAUGCCACUUGUUCGUGAUAACCAAAUGUCCAGGAAUGAAAGAAGAGGGUGCAACGGCUGCCGGAGUACAGUCGAACCAGGGCACCACGGAGAUAGCACGAUUCAACAUAGACGUUCCCCAUCGCUUCGCUCUCCAUAAUUACAAACGAUUUACAUUUUGCGACCACUGCGGAUCCUUGUUGUACGGUUUAUUCAAGCAGGGCUUGCAAUGCGAAGCUUGCAAUAUGAACGUUCAUAAACGAUGCCAAAAGAACGUUCCAAACAGUUGUGGCAUUAACACCAAGGCCAUGAGUGAAAUUCUUAAGACAAUGAAUUUCUGUGCAACCAGCAAGCAAUCGAGGGCGCCAAAAAUUAAAGUGUCUUCGCGUCCUCAAACACCCACGAUUGCCGAAAGGGAAGAGGAUCAAGACGACAAAAGCUUCAAGAAAGAUAAGAAAGGAAUGAAGAAGGGACAGAAGAAAGGCCAAAAAACAAUUAAAGAACAUAAAUCGGGGGACGAGAGGAAAGAUGACCAGUUUGACGAGCUGGCGGAAGAAGCAGACACGGGCACGGACAACUCGCCGGCGAGUCAGAAGGACAUGUCACCUAACGCCAGAGAAGAUGAUAGACUUAACUGUAAUUUAAAAAAAUUUGGCGUAGAUGACUUCAAUUUUAUCAAAGUCCUCGGUAAAGGCAGUUUUGGCAAAGUGAUGCUAGUCGAACUGAAGUCCAAUCCCGACGAAAUUUACGCUGUGAAAAUCCUAAAGAAGAGCGUUAUCAUUCAAGACGACGACGUGGAUUGCACGAUGACGGAGAAGAGGAUCUUAACCCUCGCCGCGAAACAUCCUUUUCUGACGGCAAUCCACAGUUGCUUUCAAACGGUGGAUCGACUCUUCUUUGUCAUGGAAUACGUGAAAGGAGGCGAUCUGAUGUUCCAUAUCCAGAAGGCUCGAAAGUUCGACGAAUCGAGGGCGCGUUUCUAUGCGGCGGAGGUGAUACUCGCGCUUCAGUUUCUGCAUAGAAAUCACAUUAUAUACCGCGAUCUGAAACUGGACAACAUACUGCUGGAUGCGGAGGGACAUUGUAAACUGGCGGACUUCGGAAUGUGUAAGGAGAACAUAGUCGAGGGAGAGUCGACGACAGCGACGUUUUGCGGCACGCCGGACUAUAUCGCUCCCGAGAUACUCCAAGAAAUGCCGUACGGUGCUAGUGUUGAUUGGUGGGCUCUCGGUGUUUUGUUAUACGAGAUGGUGGCCGGGCAACCGCCGUUCGAGGCCGAGAACGAGGACGAUCUAUUCGAAUCGAUCUUACACGAUGACUUAGUGUUCCCCGGGUGGGUUUCCCCAGAAGCGGAGUCUGUUUUAAAAGGCUUUAUGACCAAGAAUCCUGCCAGGCGAUUAGGUUGUGUUGCAGCCGACGGUGGCGAAAGUGCCAUAAGGGUCCACCCAUUUUUCAGAUACCUAGAUUGGGAAGCUCUCGAAGCGCGUAAAAUAAAACCUCCAAUCAGACCUAAAAUUAAAAAUGAAAAAGAUGCCUUGAACUUUGAUACGGAAUUCACGAAGGAGGAUCCUGUGUUAACGCCGGAGGGUGCAGAUAAAUUAGGCGACAUCAAUCAAGAAGAGUUUCGUGGUUUCUCCAUAGUAAAUAGGGACUUCAAUCCAUUCAGAUCUUAGGCCUGCAAAAUAAGAGAGCGCAAGCAGGACCGUAAGGAGCACUUACCCUUGUUUCCCGGACACCCGGAUCCUCACGAUACCAACGCGCCUUUACGAGCUUGUACGAGAGAAAUGGGAAUUCUUUGCGCCUUCGAAGUAGGAGGGUGGUGUGAGGGAAGGGAGCCCGAGACACAUUUCGUUGAUAUCGUUGCUGUAGAGCGCGUUUGAUCGGGCGUCGACCAAAGAGAAAAAUUGUAACGUUCGGAGCGUUAACUUCCGAUGGGGACUGUGUCGAUUUCCUUUCUUCUCCGUGUACUUCCGUGUGUAUACCUCCCGCCUAUCCCCUACACCGUAGCGUUCCUACGAAUCAGAUACACGGAGAUACACGCCGUGUGUAUUGAUUCACGCUACGGUGCCCUCAUCACCGACGGCUCCGUAAUCCGAUUACGGCCGCUAAUUGCACUUCUCCUUAUAUUUAUUGGCGUUUUUUUUUCUCUUGUCUCCUCC